AUGAAUCUCAAAAAGACAUUCUUUGUGCAAAGAAGAAAUUAUUUAUAUUUGAUUGAGCCUAUGAUUGCCACAGCCAUGCUAUCUGCAUUUUCAGUAGUUUAUAGAAAAUUCAAACAUAGUAUCCUUAUUCAAUUAGAGGAUAUCGAGAUAGAUUUAAUUAUUUUCAAUCGAGUGACAGCAGUUCUCAAAUCAAUCAUCAGAAAGGAAUCUCGUUCAACUAAUCCCUUUGAGUCCAAUAUCUUUAAAUCAUCCUUACCAAUGUCUCACGAAGAACUUAUUUCUGAAAUGAUUGAAAAAGACAAGGAAGCUUAUCCCUCUCUGAAACUCGAAAUAGAGGUAAAACAGACUCCUUUAGACGAGUUUAUGAAAUGCUUGGAUGUCAUAGCAUACCAUCCAAAGACAGGAAAAAGAAUUUCACAAAAAGUGAUUUUAUCUUUGCAUCCUCAACUAACAUUGAAUAUUGAUGACUUGAAUAUUGAUCUUAUUGAAAACAGUCUUCCAACAACGACUGAUGAAAGUGAACCAAUGAAAGAAUGA